UUUGCCUCUCGCGCCUGCCGCAGCCUAAUGAACCUCGCCUUUCGCUGCGACCGCACAACAAAACAAAAGGCCUUAAAAUCCGCGACAUAUGUAAAGGAAGAUAGAUCACCACAACAAUCAUGACAGAGUCUACUAAAACGCAUGUCAUUUUGCUGUCAUGUGGAAGUUUCAACCCCAUCACCAAAGGGCACAUUCAUAUGUUCGAAAAAGCCAGAGAGCACUUGCACAAGACUGGACGAUUCAUUGUGAUUGGGGGUAUCAUCUCACCUGUACAUGAUUCCUAUGGAAAGCAGGGCCUUGUCUCUAGCAGACAUCGUCUCACCAUGUGUCAGUUGGCAGUUCAGUCUUCUGAUUGGAUCAGGGUGGAUCCUUGGGAGUGCUACCAGGAGACCUGGCAGACCACCUGCAGUGUUCUGGAGCAUCACCGAGACUUAAUGAAGCGAGUGACAGGAUGCAUUCUGUCCAAUGUGAACACACCCUCCUCAACCCCUGUGAUUGGUCAGCCCCAAAACGGGACGUCUACUAUUUAUCAAAACACUGCUAACAAGUCUGUGGCUAUUAAGCUAUGGGGAAAGAUGAGCGAGAAUCUGGGUAAGAUUUGCUGUGUUCGACCACACAUGGAGCGCUUUACUUUUGUUGACGAAAAUGCAAACCUUGGGACUGCAGUGCGCUAUGAGGAAAUUGAGUUGCGUAUCCUGCUUCUGUGUGGCAGCGAUCUCCUGGAAUCUUUCUGCAUCCCUGGCUUGUGGAAUGAAAGUGAUAUGGAAGUGAUUGUGGGGGAUUUUGGGAUUGUGGUGGUUCCUCGGGAUGGAGCUGACACGGAGAGGAUAAUGAACCAUUCAUCCUUGCUCCGAAAGCACAAGGAGAAUAUUGUUGUUGUAAAGGAUGAGAUUGACCACCCGAUGUCCAUUGUCAGUUCAACUAAGAGCAGACUGGCUCUUCAGCAUGGUGAUGGUCAUGUAGUGGAUUACCUGAGCCAGCCUGUCAUUGACUACGUCCUGCAGAGUCAGCUCUACAUCAAUGCUUCUGGAUAGGGUGGGGAAGUCUAGUCCUUCCCAUCAGUCAUCCCUGUCUGUCUCUCUGUGUGUAAUAUAGAGUAUAAUCCUCAUGUGCUAACACUGCUUUUCCGUCUGGAGCAAUAAUCUAUCCUCCCUUCUUACAUGUGUCUCAUUGGGCCGACGGAUGUACAGCACUGUUCCUGAGGGAUCUGUUCUUAAAGACUUGCUUCACCAAUCGGUUUUAAGAGACUGGGUCAUGUGGGCAUAGGUGCCCAAUAGGAGGAAAAUGAGAGAGUCUUGGUGCCACUAAAGAAAAAUGAGAUUUUGAAUUAAUGAGAUGCACUACCAGUCAAACGUUUGGACAUACAACCUUACUUUUUAUUCCUAUUUUCCGCAUUUUUGGAAAAGUAGUAAAGUCAUCAAAACAUACAUAAUAGACCAAAAAUGUUAAAAGCAGCCAUCCAUUGCCUAGAUUUGUGCACACUCUGAGCAUUUUCUCAACCAACAUUACAAGGUAUCCACCUGAAAUGCUUUUUAAACUGUAACGAAUAUGAUGAAUGAGAUAUAUGCUGUGCACUUAUUGGUAAUUUUCCCUUCACUGUCUGGUCCAACCUUCUGAUUUUUAUUUAUGGAUUUAUUUAUUUGUUUGUUUGUUUGUAUUUUUUCAUAUAAAUUUAAAUUGUAUAAAUGCAUUCAUACAUGGGCACAGUUUCUAUUCCUCUACAGAACAAAUUUAGCAUUAAAGCAUUUAUAGGAAUAGGUCACCCAAAAACUAAAAUGCUCUCAUAAUUUUCUCACCCUCAUGCCAUCCCAGACUUCUGCUGAAAAUAAACGAAGAAUUUUAGAAGAAUAUCUAAAAGUAAUACAUACUACUCCAGUGGUUUAAUCCAUAUAUUUAGAAGCAAUAUAAUAGGUGUGGUUGAGAAUCAGAUCAAUAUUUAAGUCCUUUUUCACUAUAAAUCUCAACUUUCACCAGCCCUCCUAAGCAUUCUCUUCUCUCCUAAGAGUUCUUCUUCUUUUGUUUUUGGUAAUUCACAUUCUUUGUGCAUAUCGCCACCUAGUGGGCAGGGAGGAGAAUUUAUAGGAAAAAAAGACUUGAUCUGGAAACAAGGAAUUGAUCUGUUUCCCACCCACACCUAUCAUCUCACUGCUGAAGACACGGAUUAAACCACUGAAGUCGUAUGGAUAAUUUUUAUGCUGUCUUUAUGUGCUUUUUGGAGCUUCUAAGUUCUGAUCAUCGUUCACUUGCACUGAAUGGACCAAAUGAGCAAAUUAACAUUUUUGUUUGUGUUUUGCAAAAGAAAGAAAAUCACACACAUCUGUGAUGGCAUGAAUGUGAGUAAAUGAUCGUGUUUGUGAACUAUUCCUUUUAGCAUAAGCCUUUAGAACAAAAGGUUAUUAAUGUCAAGAGAAGCAUAAAUUUAGUCAAGUUUGCCCAAAUAUUUGACUGGUAGUGUAAACCAUUGCCUGCUAUAAUGUUGGCCUUUGCUGUUGAUUUGAUACUCUCUGUUCUUGUAGAUGCAUGCCGAGGGGUUUCCUUUUAGCGCAUGAGUGUUUAAACUUACCACGUAAACUGUAGUCUGUGGUUACAGUGUUUGCAAAAAACUGUGCUUAGACUCAUCUCAUCACUAAAUACAGUUUCUACUCAUCAAUCUGCUUUGUGUCCAGAAGGUUAGGUUGCUGUCUUUUUGCAGUCUCAUAUCCUGUAUUAUGCCUCAAUGUCUUGUCUUCAAUGUGCAUUCAUGUAUACGUGGAGUAUUUGGUUGCACAUUAAAGAAUGCAAUUUACUUCUCAGAGCUCAUUUUGCUUGACAUGUACUAAAAUGCCACUGACAUGAUUUCUAGUAAAGCCAGUCACUGCAUCUGCAUCAUAACUAUUUGUUGCAG